AGCACGAGACUAAAGAGGUGAAGAGAGGCUGACGUCUGCUUCCAGCCGCACGGCUGUGUGUUGAAUGGGGAAGAAAUCCUUUGGACAAAAGGGAAAAAUGUGUUGAACGCUGUGUUGCUUCGUCUGACUAGGCCGCUAACUUACAUUGUACCUUUUGAAGUGCUAUAAAAAUUAGUUAGGGUAGCCCACCAGUGUAACACUACCAACAAGAAACUAUAACAAAGGUUUACGACGAGUGUAAAAACCUGAUUGUCUUGGAGGACAAGGGGACUCACUCUCUUGAUUUCUAGGAUUUUAUUUAGGGAUACAAACAGAAAUAGCAUAUAUCCGAUCGAAUGACCCGAAUAGUGGCGAAUAGCCAUAGAUCUAGAUCUAGAUCUAGAUCUAGAUCUAGAUAGGCUUAAGUUAAGUGAUCGUCAGGAGGCCCCCAGUUUAAGAGUGAAAUAAAGGAAGCGUUAACGUUCCCCUGGCCAAGCAGCUGUACUCGCCCUCUGCUAGAUUUAACAAGUGUUACCAGGAAAUCAGAGACUGUGUUUAUGGAUUUUACACUUGGUGCGUUGUUUACAUAACGUAUUGUAAGCUUCCAUAUCAACAAACUAUAGACGUUUGUGCAGAGAUCAAGUUCAACGAUUGGUAGCACUUAGUGAAACAUUAAACCGCACCUGAUGGUUUCAGGAGCUUUUUCUAAGAUUUGGAUAUACCACGAAGAAAGUUUUUAAGUGCCACGUUAUUCCAACUGUAUAUCAGAUCAUCGUGGAUAACCAUAGGGGAUGGACUGAAUUUCACACAACGCCGACAAGGCAGGAUAUCAACAUAUAACAGCAUCUCUUCAGCUUUAGUUGAUAAGGCCGUAUAGGAUUUAACUACAGAUGUACAUCGAUGGUAGGCACAAUCAUGACGACAACAUAAUAAUGCACUAUGGAUUCCAGUCCUGCUACAUCAUCUCUGGCCAAUGGAGUUGGCUCGGGAAGCGUUAGGUCAGCACGCCAAGCCCCGAGCGCUCAGCGCUCAUCGAAAAAGGCGCGCACAAAAAAUCGAGGCAGUCAGACCUGUAGUUCUGACGACGAGGACCUCCAUUCAGACGACAAUCUCAGACCUUACGAGGAGGUCAAGGUCGCCCAUCACGACAAAAAAUUGAUUGGACUAGGUCUAACCCCCAAUGAGCACGCCGUGUCCCCCAUUAUGCCAACGAACCAGUCCACCCCCAAACAAAACUCGAGGUCUGGCGGUCGUGCAUACAGCUAUGGGUCCGAUGAUGAAUCAGAGGCCCGGGUCCCGCUCCAAGGACGGCCAUCCAUCUACCAGCAGCAGCAGCGACCAAUGCCAGCUCACCCCCAGCACGAGCACGUUGUCUACGACCCCCCGUGGGAUCACAUUAACUUUGACCAGAUGAGGUCAGCACACAGGACGGCCCAGACCUCGGAGAGUGACGAGGACAAUAGACAUGCUUUACAGAGAUACAGCCAAGCAGGAACAUUGCCAAUGCCUCCACCAACUUUCCCCCCACCUCCCCCACCCCCACCAAUUGAGGACAUUCCGCAGAGAAGCCCCGCGCCUAGUCGGCAGCGGUCAUUCGGACCUUCCAUGAGAGGCAACUAUUCAGACACUGAUUUCCGGCGUCAACAGACCUUCUCCGAUGGAGAACACGACCAACCGAUGGAGAAUCCUUACAUGGUACAAAAUGCCUUGGGUGCUGCCUACAGUAUGGAAGGUCAAGCACUCUACCAGCAUCAGAGGCCACCAAUGCACAGGUCUGGGUCAGUUCCAUCUGGCCACAGCCAUGCAAUGGACGCCAGUGAUCAUUAUAUAAGCAGUGGUCACUCGGAUACAUAUCCUUACCAUUGCCCAAAUGCCGGGGAUGGCUCUGUGAUUACUCAUACUAAUGACAGACAACUUAUGAGUUAUCCUCAAUUUGGCAUUACCCCAAGCAUUCCCGCUGGUAGUUACCAACAAGACUAUCGCUAUUAUUCCAAGUUCAGCUCUGCUGGAAACCGCAUGCAGAAGAAAUUACAGCAGAGAUGCACAUGGCGCUGCACUGCAUUAAUACUUCUAGUUAUGUGUGUGGGACUAUUAGCAUGCACAGUUUAUUUUGCAGCUACUUCAAUGUCUAUGGAAGAGAAAGUGGAAAAAGACUGUACAACAUUUUCCUCUGAGCACAGUAAUCCUGGUCACCUUUCCCCCCCACAGAACAGAACAUACAACAGAUAUGAUCACACCAAAUUCCCAGGACACCAUAUGGGUUAUGCAACCUCUGAACCUCCAUCUGUUUUGAUACCUGGUCGGUUAGCCUCCAAAUCAGUGCCACCUGGAACCUUCUGGAUGAAUCAACUGGAGCAGAAGUCUGCUGGAAGUGUCAAGUUGAACCUGUCUGUCCCCAGUGAUGCAAAGGUUGGCAUCUAUGGGAGAAAGGGGAUGCCACCCUCACACAUACAGUUUGACUUCUUCAAGGUUAUAGAUGGCAUCAGGAUGGGGGUCAGAUCAAAGAGAGCAGUGCUGGGGAAUGACUACUUUGCCCGAGACACUGCUCUGGUACAGUACAUGGAUAGAGGCAACUGGUUCAUUGGAAUAUUCAAUGACAGAGAGACUUAUCAGUCCAUUGUUCUAACUGCUACUGCACAUGCAAUGGAAACAAAUUGUCCGAAUGAUUGCCAUGGGAAUGGAGAAUGCAAGGAUCGCAUCUGUCGCUGCUUCCCUGGUUAUACAGGCUGGGACUGCUCACAGGGUGUGUGCCCACUCCUGUGUAGUGGUAACGGAGUCUACCUGAGGGGACAGUGUCAGUGCAACCAGGGCUGGAAAGGUGUGGAGUGUGACCUGAGGGAAUCUGAGUGUGCUGUGCCCAGCUGUAACAACAAUGGUCAUUGCAUCAAUGGACAGUGUGUGUGCUUCACAGGCUUCCAAGGAUCAGAUUGUGCCAUAGUGGACUGUUUGAUGCCUAAUUGUUCCGGAAAUGGCGCGUGUAUUCUGGGCACAUGCCACUGCUUUAGAGGGUUUAAAGGCCCUGACUGUAAGAUGGAAGAUAAGAUCAAUGUGACCCAGCUGUGCUCCAAAAACUGCUCAGGGAAUGGGCUGUACGAUGUGGACACCAGCCGCUGUGAUUGUAAGCGCCAUUUCACUGGCAUCAGCUGUGAGACAGAAAUUUGUCGCCUGGAGUGUAUACAUGGGAGGUGUGAGAACCAGCGUUGUGUGUGCGCCUCAGGUUGGGCAGGUGCUCUCUGUGACCAGCUGGAGUGUAACCACAGGUGUGACCUACAUGGCCAGUGCAACAAUGGCUCCUGUAUGUGUGACAAGGGCUGGAAUGGGAAACACUGCACACUCAAUGGCUGCCCUGGUGACUGCUAUGGACAUGGACACUGCAGGAGAUACAAAGAAGGCUGGAGGUGUGAAUGUAAAGAUGGAUGGAAGGGAGAGGAUUGUAACUUGGCUAAAGAAACUUCUUGUUCGGAUAGGGUGGAUAAUGAUCAUGAUGGUUUAGUGGACUGCCUUGACCCUGACUGCUGCUCAUUUGAAGCCUGUGUCAAGAGCCAGUACUGCCAGGCCUCACCUGACCCUAAAGAGAUCCUGUUACGUAACAACGCUCCAGCUCCCACAGCUUCCUUCCUGGACAAGAUGAGAUUUCUGAUAGAGGAGAACAGUGUACAGAUGGACGCACCACGGAAUUCUUUCAAUGAAAGCCAAGUGUCAGUAAUUCGAGGUCGUGUCCAAACCCCAGAUGGCACCCCACUGAUUGGUGUAAGGGUAGGCGUGGUCACACAGCCCUUGUAUGGCUUCACUCUCACUAGAGAAGAAGGACAGUUUGACAUUCUUGUGAAUGGUGGAGGGUCUGUUACCCUGGAGUUUGUCAGAGAUCCUUUCAUCACACAAAUGGCCAGCGUCCUGGUACCAUGGAACCAAAUCAUCACCAUGGACUCUAUUGUCAUGAACAUUGAGAGCAGGGCCAACAUGAAGGCUGGCACCACCUGCUCCAACAUGGAGAACAACCACGACCACUACCUGCUGCGUCCUGUUGUGCUCAGUACCUGGCAACACACGCAGCUGGGAGCUUGUCCAGAGAGGAGUACCAUCAUACCUGAGUCACAGGUGCUUCAGGAAAGUCAGAACAUCCCAGGUACAGAUGUGCACCUGGUGUAUCACAGCUCUGAAUCCUCUGGCUACAUGUCCCUGAUCAUGAUCCAGAUGACCCCCAGCAACAUCCCCCACACCUUGUCCAUGGUCCACCUCCGUGUGUCCGUACAAGGUGUGGAGUUCAAGAAAAUAUUUGAGGCUGACCCUAACCUCAAGUACACCUUUGCCUGGGACAGGCUCAAUGCUUAUAAACAGAAGGUCUAUGGCAUUGUUACAGCCAGAGUGUACGUGGGCUAUCAGUACCUGAGCUGUGACCACAUCUACUGGGAAACUCGUAGUGCCACUCUGAAUGGAUAUGACAUGACAGCCUCACAUAUAGGUGGAUGGAACCUGGACAUACACCACACCUACAACUAUCAAGAAGGCAUCCUGCACAAAGGAGACGGCACUAAUAUAUACCUGAAAGAAAAACCCAAGAAGAUCAUUAACAUACUGGGUAGUGGACAGAGAAGAAAGCUGACCUGUGAUGCUUGUAAUGGGAAAGCUAUGGACAACAGCCUGCUGAGUCCAGUAGCACUGGCCUCAGGUCUAGAUGGCAGUCUGUAUGUGGGGGACUACAACUUCAUCAGGAAACUCUCACCACUGAGGGAAGAGAUUGCCAACAUUCUAGAGAUCAGCACGAUGGUAACACCCUACAAGUUCUACAUGACAGUAAGCCCAGUGGAUGGCAGGCUGUACAUAUCUGACUUCAUGAGCCACAAGAUCAUCCGUGUGAGAACCAUGGGACCUGUGCCAGACCUGGCUGAUAAUUCGGAGGUGGUCGCUGGCAAUGGGGAGGAGUGUACCCCAGGGGAGACUGACCUCUGUGGUGAUGGUGGACCUGCAGUCAAUGCCAGACUUAGAUACCCUAAAGGUAUUGCCAUUAGCAAGGAUGGUAUCAUCUAUGUAGCAGAUGGUCCCAACAUCAGGAAAAUAACUCCCGAUGGCUCCAUUGGAACAUUGAUUGGUACACAGACUCAGCCUAGAGAAUGGACACCAAUGCCAUGUGAUGACAUUCUUUCUGCUGAAAGGGUGUCACUAAAAUGGCCGACAUCUUUGAGCAUUAACCCUUUGGAUGACUCCCUCCACAUCCUCGACCAUUCCAUUGUUCUCAAACUGACCAGUGACUUUAAACUGGUCACCGUAGCUGGACGCCCCAUUUAUUGUCCACCACGCCACUCUUCCUUCUUGCCACUCGGAGUUUUGACAGAUGAUGAGCAGGCCUCCAAUGUGGCUGACCACGUGACCCUAGUCUCACCAAAGAGUAUCACCUUUGGACCCCAUGGUGACCUGUAUAUAGUAGAAAGUGAUACCCACCACAUCAACAGAGUGCGGGUGGUCAGUACAGAUGGUAGAAUACAUCACUUUGCUGGGGCUAAAAGUAAAUGUGACUGCAGACAGGAGAAAUGUGCCUGCUUCAACCCAAGAGAAACGUUGGCAGCCCAGGCCUUGUUUAGUGACCCGACCUCUGUGACUGUCACACCUGAUGGUGUUCUACACCUGGCUGACAUGGGGAACCUGCGGGUGUUCUCUGUGGUCUCAGAGCUGCCCAUCCUACACAACAGCAUCUACGAGGUUCUGGCCCCUGAGACCCAGGAGCUGUACAUCUUCAACAAGAAUGGCCAGCACCAGCAGACCAUCAACAUACACACUGGACAGUACAUCUACAACUUCACGUACAAUGUUCUGUCCUCGUACGGCAAGCUGGUCAAUGUUAUUGAUGCAGCCCAGAACAAAAUCAUCAUCAACAGGACGGGGGAGUCGCAUGCGUCCGAGCUGAUCCUGCCCUCUGGCCAAAAGUGUACCCUGUCCAUGGACAACAGACACAGGCUGCACAAGUACAAGGCCUCCAACAACUUGACCUCCACCUUCACCUACACGGUCCACACUGGUCUCCUGGAGUCUAAACAAGACAGUGACGGCCAGACUUUUUUCUUUCACUACGACGACACAGGACGGCUGCUCACUGUCAGGCAACCCACUGGCCAGAUCACCACACUGACCACUGAUAUUAACACCACAGGUUCCAUUGUCCAUGUGGCUACGGGUACGCGCCAUGUGAGCGCCAUGGCUACCUAUGGGAGCGUGCAGUCAGUUAUGCAUGGUUCAACUCAGACUAAGGUGACCUACUUACCAGAUGGAGCUGUGAUUGUGCUGUUUCCUAGCAACCUGACUGUUUCCUUAGAAACAGGAAGCCACCCCAUCAUGGAGAAUGAGAACCGCAUGCAUUACAAGCGUAAAAUUAUUGUCCCUGGCUCCUCUGUCCACCGCCUGGAGUGGAGGUUUUACCUUCGGCGUGGGGGCCGUGUCAGAUCCUCCAGGGUGAUAGAGAAACUUGGUCUACGUAGUCGGGUAGGGGACCUGGCUCGGCAGCAUGUUGUGCAUGAUUCUCUAGGAGGAGAGGGCAGAGACAAGGCCCUGAUGAUAAAUGGGGAGAGCCUUCUGACCGUUGAGUAUGACCGGCGCACACACACAGAGACUGUGCUGGACAAGAGUCUAAGGGACAUCAUCACUGUAGCGUACAACUCUGCUGGUCUGCCCGUACAGUUUAUCCCAGCAUCCUCCCACCACGCCAUGAAUGUCACAUACAACGCCCACGGUGACAUAGUUGAGUGGCAGUAUGGAGAACUGAUAGAACAGAGGGAGUACAUUAGUCCAGGGCUCAUCACACAGAGGACCUUAAAGCCUGGGGGAAAACAGUUCCGUUACUUUUAUAGAAACAGCUCAAACAAGCCUACUGACGUCUUCCUACCGAGUGGCAAACAGUACCUGUUCAAACAUGACAAGCAAGGGAACCUUAAGUCCGUCAUAUCACCUGUUCUUGGACACCACCACUUCCGCACCUUGCUGACCCUGGGUAUGAAGCGCUACCUGUACACAGCUCCAGGCUUCUCUCAUCCCUACAUAGAGGACUAUGAUGCUAUGGGGAAACUGAUCCAGAAAAUUUACCCCAGUGAAGAGAGGCGUGUGGUGUACCGGUACAACAGCAUGAGCCAGAGAUCUCUGACCAUGUUUGACCAGACCCUGAUAGAGUACACCUACCACCCCGCUGUCCUGCAGCUCUCCCAGGUCUCCCUAGUGGCCAGGGGCUACUCCAACAAGGUGACCUUUGGCUACCUCAGCUCCCUGGUCCACGACGUCUCCGUCACCUUCCCACAAGACGCCAGCCUGGUUGGGGCAACCAUCAGGUUCUCCUAUGACAACCACUUCAGGCAGACGGAAACUUUUUUCACACUGACCAACAACAUUAGCCUGGCCUCCAACCAGUCCUUUAACAACGACAACGGCAAGCUGUCCUCCAUAGCUGGCAUCAGUGUUGAGUGGCUGAAUGAGGCCAAGCAAGUCUUGUCUCUCUCCCCCAUGUCCCUGACCAGAGAGUUUGACAGCUAUGGCAGGCUGGUGGACUACAAGAUGAAGUUCUCUGGCGACAUGAAGUUUGAGAUGCAGAUUAAUUACGACAAGAUAGGCCGGGUGCACCAGUGGAAGAGGAAGCUGGACGACGCUAAAGAGCUGACCACAGAGUACAUCUAUGACGUGGAUAGUCAUGUGACUGAUGUUCUGAUGCAGGGGAAAAAUACUUGGGAUUUGGGCUACGAUGCUGAUGGUAACCUGAAGAAGAUAACCUCCCAGGGUAAGACCCAUCACAUGGAGUUUGAUGUGGGGGACAAGCUCAUUUCUAUGGGAUCCCUGGGGUACAAGUUUGACAGUGAUGGCUUCAUGGCCCAGAGAGGACUGGACCACGUCAGCUUCAACUCUGAUGGUCAGCUGGUGUCUGUCACACAGCAUGGCUCCUUCAAGUUUUCUUUCUUCUACGAUGCACUGGGCCGGCUAGCUGUCCAGAGAGAUCGCUACGGCCACAUGUUGCAGCUGUACUACGGGGACACCAGGGCAUCCAACACCAUCACCCACACCUACAACCACACGACCGGAGUGCUAACUCAGUAUUUCCGUGACACUGAUGGCACUCUGGUUGCACUCCAGCGUGCAGGCCGACUCUACUUCAUCGUGGUGGACCCCAACAAGAGCCCUCUGGUAGUCUUUGAUAAGGAGGGCAACACCAUCAAAUCUGUCACCUACAGUCCCCUAGGCAUCAAGGAAUCAGAUUCUAACCCAGAUUUUGAGCUGGUGUUUGGUUUCCAAGGAGGCCUGUACAACUCUAUAGCCCAGCUUGUACACUUCCCCAGCCGAGUCUAUGACGCCCAGACUGGGAGAUACAUGUCCCCAGACUACCCACAGGUCUUCAAGAAACUUGACACUGUGGCAGAGGAUCCGGAGAUUUUGAACUUGUAUGUCCAUAGAUAUUUGGUCAAUGGACACCUUCAAAAUGAACGCUAUCCUCGUAUGGACCUCUCUGAUUGGCUGAAUGCCCUAGGCUAUGACAUCAAAUCUAUGGCACCAGAUGUGUCGUACACAGGUCAGCUAAAGCCAGGACCUGAUGACCAAAACAUGCAGCUGCUUCCUGCAUCCUCAGCUUUUGAGUGCACAUUUAGGAGAGACAUGCACAACUUGCUGUCCAUCUCCACAGUCCCAAGAUCUAAGGUGACGCCCCUCCAAUAUCUCAAGCCAGAAACCCCAGCUCCCCUAGAUUUUAUAUUCGGUCACGGUGUCACCAUAUCAGACUUUGAUGGUAGAACUGUUGUCAAUGUUAUGGAUGCUGCCCAGUUGUGGCCCAAGAAACUGGCCACUGUGCUGCUGAAUUCCUCCCAGAUUUUACCCAUCCACUUCACCAUCAAUGGCAGAGACUGUCACUACUUCGUCAAGCCCAGCAUCCAACAAGCCACUGAGGACCUGAGAGAGCUGGGCAUCCACAGCGAACUGAUCACGUACGAAUCUGGCAUCAACGUCUCAGUCCACCACAACCCACCCCUACACCUGUACAGCCCUGCACCCAAGGAGGUUGACAUUAAGAUCCACGGCAACCACACCGUCCUCAACGUGCGCUACGGCACCACAGUGGACAGAGAGAUGAGGAGGAUAUUGAAGCAGGCUAAAGACAGGGCGGUCAACCACGCCUGGUCCAGGGAGCGCUUCCUCCUGCAGCACAACCUGCCCUCCAUGUACCACUGGUCAGAGUCUGAGCUGCGCCAGAUCCUCUCUGUUGGCUCGGUCAUGGGUUACGUACCUGACUACAACCAUCAGCCUGACCAGUACCCUGAACUCUCAGACGACUGUAACAAUAUCAGGUUUGUGGCUGAAGUACCUUGA